AUGCCGCCCCGCGCACCCUGGCACUCAACCCUCCAAUCCCACCUCUCCAACUCCUCUUUCUCCGAAUUCAACGUCGCAACCGUCGCGCUUGAUGCAGAUGGCCGCACCGUCCCGCGCACCCGCACCUGCGGCUUCCGAGGCUGGUUCCCGAAUCCAGAACUACAUUCUAGCGCGGUUGAAACCCUGGCGUCCCAGAACGAGCGCCAGAACCCGGCUGUGUACGAGAGCGAGAUGAUCUCGUUUACGACGGAUGUGCGGAUGGAGAAGGUCGGCCAGCUCGAGGGAUCGGGGAAUGUCGUUGAGGCGGUGUUUUGGUUGAAGGAUGUGGGCAAUCAGUGGCGGGUGAGGGGGGAGGCGUUUGUGAUUGGGGAUCCGGCGGGUGGUGAGCGGGAGGAAAAGGCUAGGGAGGAGAUUAGGAGGGGAUUGAGGGUUUGUGAGGGGUGCGAGGAGAAGGAGGGGGAGUGGAGCUGGGAGAGGCAGGUGACGACGUAUUUUGCGAACCAUACGCCUAUUCUUAGAGGCUCGUUCAAGAAUCCUCCGCCUGGGACGCCGAGAUCGCAAGCACCCACUGAUCCCAACCUCAAGCUUGGUCAGAAGUUGGAGGAUCUGCAUGACCCUGUUGCGCGUGGGAACUUUCGCGUGGUUGUCAUUCGCGCUAAUGAGGUCGAGCGGCUGGAUCUUUCAGACUACAAGAAGCCACAGCGGUGGAACUGGACCCUUGUUGGUGGGACUGGUGAUGAUGCUCGAUGGGACGAGACUGAGUUAUGGCCAUAG